AUGUCUUUUUGUUUAAUACAAGUACGCCUUGAAGGCCGUGAUAAACCUGUAGACGUCGAGUACACGCAAGGAACAUCUGUGCAGGCAGUCUUAGAACGGGCCUGCAAGAUAUUGGGAAUAUACGACUCGUGGAAUUAUGCAUUGUACAGUAAACUAUUCCAGUGUUGGCUUUGCGAGUCGUAUCUACUUUCGUCGCAUCCAGCCGAGGAUACACUAAUUGUCAGAAAGAAAACAACAGAGUAUUUGGAACUCAUAUAUAAUGAAGAACAUCCAAAAAAGAGAUCAUUAUCAUCUUCUAAUCUUAGUCCGAAUGCUUCGAAAAGAAGGGGUGUAUUCAGUCCCAAGACAUGUCUAAAGGGACGUUUUCACAUGGACACGAUAUACCUGUCGGUCAUACUCUUUACAAGCGACAGCAAAGUCUUAAUAAUGUCGGGAUCAAAGGUAUUUCCUACAGUGGAAAUAGUGCGAGAUCGAAAAUUAUUCUACAAUGUGGAAGACGACUCUGAUGAAUUCGCGCAUGCUCUGCGCACGUCGCUCGAUUGGGCCACGUCCACCGAAUUUGACAAAGAUGACAGUUCGAGCGACACCGACUCGCUUCUAUCGACAAGCUCAUACACAAACACCAUAGCAUAUGAUCCGGAUGAAUACUAUUUCACUGACAAUGACUCUCUGUGGACCAGGAGCUUUGGUCAGGCUGUAAUCAAAUUAAAAAAUGAACUAUCACUUGAUUCAUUAGGGGCACUUUAUGAGCACGUUGUAUCUAUGCCAUCUACUAAAUCAAAAUUUAUAGUCACAUUGCAAUAUGUUCCUCAUGCAUUUAAAGAUGACAUUGCUUCUGAUCUCGUGAAAGCAGGUACACUUAAAUGGAAGAACUUUACCGAAAUUUCUCCUAUAUAUGAGAAAGAUCCUCAUCCCAUAUGGACUAAUUUCAUUGAGAAAUGGUGUUCACGGAAAUCUAAAUUAUCCCCCGGACUGUAUCUUGGAGUCUUUUAUGCUGAGAGCACUUUACAGGGAAUAAGAGUAAUGGUACCACAAGAAAGGAAACAGUUUAUACCCAUCGAAAAAAUCCGGGAUGAUGCAAACAUCACGCCAGAAGAAGCAAGCUGGCUCAAAUCGCUCACCUGUUUAAGUCAAGCAAGUUUCAUGGAUUUAGUUGCUUCUGCGUCUGAAGAUCUUUCCCAGUCAUCUGCGCAUUUAGGACGUUUUCAAACGGGUUUUAUAGACGCAUACCAUAAAUUACAGACAGACACUAAUUUGACGUGGGAUGCCAAUGACAUUUAUAGCGAACAAACGGUAGACUUGUAUCUCGAUCUACAAACGAAUCAAAUGUUCACUAUGAUGGGCGAAUUGGAUGAUAACGUCGAUGCGCCAUAUGGUUCGUUAGCAUUCAAUGAAGCCCCCCAAUCGAAUUCUAAAAAGCAAGAGCCCGAGACUAAACCAACUAAUGAAGAGCCAGUACCGGCAGCUGUAAAUAGUAAAACCACUCCCGUGCCUGCUCCUACAUCUGAGAGUGUUGUGCCCGAACCGAUCACCGCGGCCGUUAAUGCCGAGCAAGCUGCCGAUACAGAUGCAUUUGCUCCGUCAGUAUACUCUGAAGCUCAUUCUCGAUUGGAUUCGGAACAUAGCGACCAAUUCCAAGAGAAUAUGGAUGAAGAUGGGGAACAGAUGCAAAACGCGGUAAUAACAGAGAACAAAAAAAGUAAUAACCGUGACAAUGAAGAGGAAGGCAUUGCUAUCAACAUCAUCUCGGAUGCUUACGUUGGCGAUGACGAAAGUGUUAACCUGCUCGCCAAAACAACUCACUCGGCUGAAGGUGGUUCAUCACUUACCGAAGAUGCUUCUACUACAAUAGUUGGUACGUCGUAUGCGACUAAUACGAUGAAACCAUUCAUAAGAGUUAUUCUCAUAGUUAAACCUAUGAAACAACCCCAUCAAAUACGUAACCAAUACCGCUCUGUUUCCUGUAUUCUGUAUCCAUUCAACCUCUUUGACGCACUUCAACAUGCUACGUUCAAUGCUUGCUUAUAUGCUAGCUCUCGUCGGGCCAUGCAGAUUCUUCAAGCGAGUCGAACUUACUUUGCACAAGAAUUGGUUCGACAUUUACAAAAGCACGAUAGGUUUGCGGAAAUUAAUGAACAGAACGUCGAGGAUUACUUCUUAGAUCCUGAAUAUUUUAACAAUAUACCUGAAGAAGCAAGACAAAUACAACAGGUUCUCGAUAUACUGCGCGAUGAGAUCACUCAACUGAAACAACAAUGGAAUUCCGUCUCAUGGUCAAUGACAGUCAUCGAAUGGGAUCGUCAAAGAAUAAUGCAAUCUUAUUGCUUUGGCGGAAGAUCGACAGGAUUCGGAAUUGGUCGAUUGUCUGGAAGUUAUCCUCAUAGUCGAGCAUCUUCUAGUUAUAGCACAAACAGAAGUGAAACCGACCUGCUUCUUCCCGGCAAUGGGUCUAACAAAUCAAGCGUUAGUUUGGCUUCAACGGUGCGAAGAGCUCAUAUAGAUACCGCUUCGCAGAUCGAAUACUUGCGCGAUGUACUACUCCAUUCGCCCGAUAGAGCUUGGAGUCAUAUCCGCUUGAUCGGUGUACCUAUACCAACGUUUUCAGACGCUAAGCAACAACCGUCAUCCAAGCCACAGUCAAAGAACACAACACAAGGAAAGACCAGACAACCAUCACCGAUAUUAAGAAACUUUCUUGCAAAUUCACCUGUAACAGCUGCUUCAGAAUCUUCGAUAUCGUUCCGUGACCGUGCCUCCUCUGUCUCCUCAAUUAGUUCUAUGAGAUCUACAAAAACACUGACAGCUCCUGUUCGGAAGAAAUCUGCUGGACAUCGUCUCAUGAAGACGCUUGGUUUCGGAUCGGGCAAUCGUGGGGCAGGUUCAGCCGCCGACGCUUCAGUUCCGGUACCGCCUGUUUUCCAAAUGACAAACAAAGAGCCCAAACGAUCAUCGACAAAAUUGGACAAAGGUCUUGUGGACGAAGUCCAAGAACCAGAUAGCGCGGUUGACUUGGCGAAUAUUACUGAUGAUGUUUUGAGUUCUUCCCCGACGGAUAAUAUUGUAUUGGCGGAAUUGCCGACUGUAUUUCUUUCACGUCCUUUGACACCCAGCUUUGUCUUGACUCCGAAUGAUAGUAGAUCGGUUACACCGAGUGACACGAUUGGUAAUGCAUCAAGCGCAAAUGUCAGUUCUGCUUAUAACUCUCAAAGGACGUCCACUAGCACUCUGACGGAUGCGACGUCCAUUUCUGAGAUUGUUGAAGGUGUAGAAGAGAAAAACUGGCGAGAAUCAGAUGCUGUAGAACAGGAAUCGAACGUUGUGGAUGAAGGCAAGCCAGAUGAAAUCAUCGAUACUCUAGUCGAAACCAGCCCGCAGGUUACGAUUUCAACCGAAGAAGAUAUCAAGACUGUUUUGAUUGUAACGGAAACUGAAACUGAAGACAAAUCGGAUGGCAAGGAAAUUAUCGAAAUCGAAGAAGAUGUAAAAGUCGAGCAUGAUGAAGGCGCAAUGGCUAUCAUUGUCUCAAACUUCGAUAACGAUUCUUAUUCAAAAGCUGAAGAAGGAUCCGAUGCAGAAAUUGAGACUAGUGAUGACAUUUUCUUUGACGACGAAUCUCAGCAAAACUUUGAGCAAGAGUCUUCUACUGAAACCAAUGUAUGUGAUAACUUGUCCGAAGUUGAAACUCAAAAGUCCGAACAAGAGUCUGGCAAAGUCGCUGAAUUUGAUGAACCGCUACCCAUAAGCGCUGAAACCGAGGUAUUCGGUGAAGAUAUUUCCCAAUUGUCCCGUGAAGAGGCCUCGAUGUAUACAUUGUUGAACGACGAGCCAAAUGCAUGCGAAUCUUCCCAAAUGGAUGUAACUGAAAUGGAGAUCACAGAAGCAGAGAGCACAGAAGUGAAAAUUGCAGAUGUAGAGGACAUUAUAGCAGAAGUUGAGUGCGCUGAAGUAGAGACAGCCGGAGUGGAAGUAGAGACACCCGAAGUGGAAGUAGGCACCGAAGUAGAUAUGGCUGAAGUAGAUACGGCUGAAGUAGAUACGGCUGAAGUGGAUACAGCUGAAAUGGAGAUGGCUGAAGUAGAGAACACUGAAAUAGAGACAGUAGAAGCAGAGAUUACAGAAGUAGUGGUUGCAGAAGCGGAAAGCGCAGAGCAAGAGACAGCGAAAGUAGAGGUUGCAAAAGUGGAAAGCACGGACAAAGAGACUACAGACAUAGAGACAACAGUAGACGUUACGGAUGCAGAGAGCGCAGACGUAAUCUCAGACUCGACGACAAGCGAACAUCAUGAAUGUGAGAAUCAUUAUGUUCCACCGACUGCAGAUGAAAUGAAGGAUGAGACAACUAUCAAAGUAGAAGUCAUAAAUGAAACGAAUCCUGUGGAUAAUGGAAAUUGUGAGAAAUUAGAAUCAUCUGAAUCCACAGUAGAAAAGUCUAUCGAAAAACAAAUCAAUGAGCAACCGACCGAAGAAGACAUUAUCGAGGAGCAGACAAUCGAUAAGCCUGCGGUUGAAGAUCAAACUGAGAAGCAAACUGAGGCGCAAAAGGGCGAGGAGCAAACAACUGAAGAACAAGCAAGUAAUGAGUCCGCUCCAUCAUCAACAGACUCAGCGCUAAUUCCUGCUGCUGCAAAGACCAGUAAACUCUCGGCUCCGUUCACAUCAUCCACAUCCACCACCACCACGGCAGGCUCACGAAGUCCAAGUCCUAGUUUUUCAUCACUACGAGCUCAAUGGGCCUCAGCUCCGUCUUCAACAGCUCCAAAUUUGCAUAGUCGCUCUACGUCAUCGCCAGGUUCUACGUCACCGACAAUAAAGCCAAUAAAGAACUCGUUAUCGAACAUUUUUAACCAGAGUGCGUCAGUCUCGUCAUCUUUCCGUUCCGCUCCUCCACCACUUCCACUCCCACCAACAACCACGCGACCAGCUCCCACACCUGCAUCUUCGAACAUAUCAACCUCACCGCCAUCAAAGAUUCCUCUUGCACACUCUCGUAACAGUUCAUUCUCACCUACAUCAAGUCCAUCACAUUCAAGAACAUCUUCAAAGAUCGCUACUCCAGUGCGGCUAGGCCCCCCACCGCUCCCCCUUCCACCAUCGUCACCAUUCUUUGCCAAGUUCCAGAAGCAUAAAGCCAUGCAAGAAGAACAGCUUGCACGUAAGAAAUCACAAGAACAUAAUCUACAAAAUUCGCUCAUGCUUCAAGGCAAAGUUCAGGAAGUUCUUCAAACUAUGGGUCAGGAACUACGACACAGCUCAUCUUCUGACAAGCUUCACGAAAGACACAUCAAGGGAUUAAAUGAAAGAAAAUCCGAGUUUUCCAUAAAAGAAGCUCAAGAAAAGCUGCAACGAAGUCUGAACGAACAAUUGCAAAGGGAAAUAGAUAAAAAGUCAGCGAAGACGGAUGAGAACUCGAGUGAAAAGUUAACAGUUGACAAGACAGGCGGUCAACCACAAAUCGAGUCGGAAGGAACGUCAUCUGAUAAGAGUCAGAGGCAAAAUAGUGCAACAGCGGCAGUCAUUUAUCACGAGAAAGCAAAAGUUGAUAACAAUCAGCAGGACGAUGUUCAAAUCGACGGCAAAGCAGUUGAAGAAUUGAAUGAUAGUCAGCAAGACAAUGUUCAUGACAAAGCAGUUGAAGAAUUGAAUGAUAGUCAGCAAGACAACGUUCAAAUCGACGACAAAGCA